AUUGAGGUUAUGUGGCUUUGUUUAGCCGUAAUGAAUACUACAGCAUUUUACAAUUAAGAAUAUUAAGUGUAGUAAGAAUGUUCAUAUGUUUCUGCUUUUUUUAAUAUCCAAAUUAGAAUGAGACAAAGACAUUGAAAAUUUCGAAGUGAACUAACACGAAGGAAUAAACUAUUUUAAACCUAAGGUUUAGAGAGUAAAUUUAACAAUUUAACAUAAUUUAUAAUACAAAACAAAAAGGAAUUGAGACAAAUGGGAGGGACUCAGACUGGAGGCUUAAGCAAGCGUGAAAUAUGUCGUCUGCAGAAGCACGUGAAUAUGCCAAUUGAAGAGAUUCAAAAGUGGCACAAAGAUUUCAAGAAGAACUUAGUCAAUGGACGACAGUUAAACAGAGAAAAUUUUAGGGCGGUAUAUACUAGUAUGUUUGGAGGAGAUGCUUCAGAUUUUGCAGACAAUGUGUUUCGGACAUUUGACCGUGAUGGAAACGGAUAUGUAGACUUUGAAGAGUUUCUGCUCGCAAUAUAUAUAACAUCUUCUAACGAUGUAGAGCUGAAACUAAAGUGGGCCUUCAAUAUGUAUGACAUGGACGGAAAUGAUUCUAUCGAUAAACACGAGCUAUUUUCCAUUAUAAAUUGUGCGUAUCGCAUAAACGGACCGGAAAGGGACAUCUCUCCGAAAGAGCUUACUGAACUCUUGUUUAAUAUGAUGGACGUAGAUGGAAAUGGAGAAAUAUCAUGGGACGAGUUUCAUUCGGCGGCUUUGAAAGACAGACGAAUAUUACAUUUUCUGCAUAUGGAAUGAAUAAGGAUAAAUAGCUGAUAACAUUUAUUAAAAUGCCCAUUAAGUUUUGGAAACGUUUUAUGUUUACAGUAACUUUAUAGACUGCUUUGCAACAUGGCAGGUCAUCCGUUUGACUUUGUCCUGUAUUAUAUCAAAAUAACAAAUGAAAUAGUGUUUCCCAGAUAAUGUCGGUGAAUAAAAAGAGGAUAUUUUCAGGGUAAAAUCGUAAUAUCUUUCAACGACUAUACAUAAUGUGCAAAUUUAAUGUAAAUAAGGGAUUUAUGAGUGAUAUGAGGCACGCGUGGGUAUCCGACUAUGACAUGUAGAGAAGCGCCUACCCGCUGGUAUCUGAGUAGCAUAAUGAGUAGCCUUACUUAUUUGGCUUAUCGGGAUGACUUAUUUUAUGAUCUGUUAAUUUAUACUUGUCAUCCUUCCUAAGCCUUACCCGUAUCUGCAUUUUACUGUUAGGAAAACGAAGACGUUAAAAAAUCGAGAAAAAAAAAAUCAUAAAAUACUGGUCACACUUACUUGCUCCAAGAAAUUAAACAUUAAUAUUCAUGUAGAAACAUGUUGAGUAGCGUAAUGAGACACCCGUGGGUAUCCGACGGUGGUAACAGUUGUAAUAAAUACAGAUGUCAGACUGUUACUAGAAUAUUUUUUACUGACGCAACAAAGUUUUCUUUUUUUGACCAAAUGAUUUAACUGCGCUUAUAUAAACUUUUAUGACCUUUCCGAAUUUCUAUAUUUUAUUGAACAUUGGUUAUAUUGAACAAAAAUAGACCUCAUGUGAUUAGCGAUAAGCGCUUAUAUUGAUACACAGAGAAACAUCACGUACUCAUCAGUUUUGCCAGUAGCAGGUAAAUGACCCUAGUGGGAAAGGUCAAUAUUUAAGUCAGCAACAGGUUGAAUAAUUAGAUAUUAUAAUAGCCGAAAUUAGAAUUAUUUCGUUCAUUACACUACGUGCAGCGAUCAAAUUAAAUAUCGAGAUAUCUGUUUGACGACAUUUGAGUGUUUCAGGGGAUAUAUAAAUCUUAUUCCUGACCUUUGUAGUAGCUUUAGAUAUGAAUAUGCAUGUCUUUAUUUCAAAAUAUUGUAUAUAUGAUAAUAAUAAAAUGUGUGUGAUGUUCCGCGUUCAUAUACAGUUCCGCGUUAGUCUAAAGUAUAUUUAAUACUGUCACUCCGAAAUGACAAAAUAUAUUCUUAACAACUCUAUAUUUGGUUUUUGUUUUUAUCUCUGCCAAAUUUCGACAGAUUUAAAUGAAAAUUGGACAAGUUGUGUAAUAAUAUCAUUUAAAUGAAACAUAUCAACGGUAACUAUUGUACAUAAAUUCAUUGAGCCGUGGCAGUGCAAUAAGGUAACCGAACAAGCAAAGUUAAUCAUGUUUUUGUUGCAUAUUAAUUUACUUAUAAAAUGAUACAUACUUUUCUUUUGCUGAGUAAAUUUGAAGAAUACCGACAUCAAUAUAUUUUUUCACGCCACAUCAUCCGUAAAUGUAGUGACAUUAGUGACAACACAUACCUGGGAUGAAAUCACACGUCUAUAUUGAAAAUAUUGAUGGAUAUUAAAUUUCAAUCAAGCGGAGCUGAAAAAUCAGUUAUAUUUGAAUCAUUUUGUUAAUACAAUAUCAUACAACAUGAAGUGAUCUAUACAGCUGAUAUUGCGGACCCAUCUGAUGUAAUACAUAACAUGAGGUUGUUUCU